GGUAUGGUUAAGGUUGGGUUAAUGUCAGAAGACACGUAGCAUUGAGUUUUCCUUCUGUGACUCUUGGAUGUGUGUCAGAUGUCCGGGUUUCAGGAUCUUAAAGAUUUCUUCAGACGGCGGCUGCUCGCUGCGGUUAUCAGAGAUAUAUCAGAAACAACAACAUGUGGAUACGAAGAGGAGCUCCACCGACAAAGAAAAGUGCUGGAUGUGAUUUUAACACCUGAAAUCAAGCUGCAGAGAGCAGGCCCCACCUCCACAGUGGAGACAGAUCUUUACAUUCACUGCCCAGAUGUGAUUUGUGUCGUUCGUGAACAAUUCGUUUGAAAAGACCGAAUCUUAUGGGUGAGCGAACUGAACCGAAUCACCGACUGAAAAGACUGUUGGUGAGUAAAGAAGAGCUUCCACCUGAGCAGCAGGAGUGGAGCCACAUUCUGGACCAGGAGGACACUGAGUCCCCACAGAUUAAAGAGGAACAGGAGGAACUGUGGAUCAGUCAGGAGGAAGAACAGCUUCAAGGACUGGAGGAGGCUGAUACCACCAUGUUCCCCUUCACUCCUGUCUCUGUGAAGAGUGAAGAUGAUGAAGAGAAACCUCAGUCCUCACAGCUUCAUCAGAGACAAACUGAACAGAUGGAAACAGGAGUUGAUGGAGAGGACUGUGGAGGAGCAGAACCAGAGAGGGACUCCGAUCCAGAGAGAUAUUUACAACCAGAGACAGAGGUCAAGAUUGAAGACUCUUCAGAACCAGAGACUGAUGACAGUGAUGAUUGGACAGAGAGGAUAGAUAAUCAGCCAGGGAUAAACUCCACCAAGAGACUGAAGUCUGAUAAUAAAUCACAUAGCUGCUCUGAGUGUAGUAAAUAUUUUAAAAAUAAAAGGAAUCUUACCAGACACAUGAGAAUUCACACAGGAGAGAAACCCUUCAGCUGCUCUUUUUGCAGUAAAGGAUUUAAUCAAGAAGGGCAUCUGUCCAAACACAUGCCAGUUCACACAGGACAGAAACCCUUUAUCUGCACUGUCUGCAGUAAAACAUUUAAACAUAAUUCAAGCCUGACGCUUCACAUAGCACAUCAUAGAGGGGAUAAACCCUUCAGCUGCUCUGUUUGUGCCCAAGGAUUCUCUUGGCGUACACAGUUAAGAAGACACAAGUGUGUUGAAGCUUUGGAGCGUCUUCAAAACCAAACUGAGGAGAACAGAGAGGCAGAAACAGGAGCUGAUGGAGAGGACUAUCCAGAGAGACGUUUACAACCAGAGAUUGAGGUCAAGAUUGAAGAAUCUUCUGAAGCUGAGACUCAGGACAGUUAUGAUUGGAUGUAUAUCAGUGAACAUCUUUCAGGUUUAAACUCUGUGAAAAACAUAAAAAAUAAUAGACCCAAGAAUGAAAAGAAGUCACAUAGCUGCUCUGAGUGUGGUAAAACAUUCAAAAAGAAUAGAGAUCUGACCCAGCAUAUAAGAAUUCACACAGGAGAGAAACCUUUCAGCUGCUCUGACUGUGGUAAAAGGUUUAAUCAUAAAUGGAAUUUGACUACCCACAUAUUAGUUCACACAGGAGAAAAACCCUUUAACUGUUCUGUUUGCAGUAAAAGAUUUAAACAUAAGUCUAGUCUGACACUUCACAUGGCACAUCACAGAGGAGAGAAACCCUACAGCUGCUGCAUCUGUAACCAAAGUUUUUCAUGGCUUAAACAGUUAAAGACACACAAGUGUGUUGGAGGUCAAGUGUCAGUGUUUCAUCAAAACCAAACUGAGGAGAAAAGAGAGGCAGAAACGGGAGUUGAUGGAGAGGACUGUGGAGGAGCAGAACCAGAGAGGGACUCGGAUCCAGAGAGACAUUUACAACCAGAGACUGAGGUCAAGAUUGAAGACUCUUGGCGAGCUGGUUUAGCUCAGUUGGAAGAGCAGGUCCCCCUUGUACAGAGGCCACAGUCCCUAACGCAAGUUCAACUCCCAGUUCUGAUGCUAUUUGGUGCAUGUCAUCCCCCAAUCUCUGUCCCAACAGUUCCUGUAUCCCUCAAGCUGUCCCAUCUAACAAUGGCAAGAAGUCCAAAAUUUAAAAAAAGUGAAAAGACUGAAGACUCUACUGAACCAGGGAGUGAAAACAGUGGUAAUUGGCAAGAGACAGCUGGAUAUCAGUCAGGUGUAAACUCUGUGAAAUGCAUUACAAAUAAGAGACUGAAGACUCAUAAAAAAUCACAUAGCUGCUCUGAGUGCCAAAAAACAUUCAAAACAAGACAAGAUCUGACCAGACACAUUCAAAUUCAUACAGGAGAGAAACCCUUCAGCUGCUCUAUUUGCAGUAAAAGAUUUUACCAAAAAUGGAAUCUGACCUCACACAUGCUAGUUCACACAGGAGAAAAACCCUUUGGCUGCUCUGUUUGCAGUAAAAGAUUUAUCUUAAAAGGAAAUCUUACCAAACACAUGAUUAUUCACACAGGGGAGAAACCCUUUAGCUGUUCUGAGUGUGGUAAAAGAUUUUACCAACAAGGAAAUCUGACUUCACACAUGCUUAUUCAUAUGGGAGUGAAACCCUUCAGCUGCUCUGAGUGUGGGAAAGAAUUUCGAGGGAAAGGGAAUCUGAACAGACACAUUAAAGCUCACACUGGGGAGAAAGCCUGACCUGUCACAGAGGAGAGAAACCCUGCAGGUGUAUUCAUGACCAAAGAUUCUCUUGGCCAAGUGUUAUAUAAAAAAGUGGAGCUGAUCGAGAGGACUUUGGUGGACCAGAACAAGCCUUGAACUCGGAUCUAGAGAGACAUUUACAACCAGAGACUGAGGUCAAGAUGCAACACUUGUGUGAAAACCCUCAGCUGCUCUGAGAAUGGUAAUAAACAUAGUUGGAGUUCCCAUCUGAAGAGACACAAAAACGUACACAGGAGAGAAACCAUUUAGUGUCUGUUUGCUGGGAACAAUUACUUUAAUAUACAAUACUUAAAUAAAGAUUAAUUUUCUUUUUUUUUUAAAAUCUUUCCUUUCUACUACCAAUCAUUAUAACUAGUAAUUAGUACUAGUUGAUAUUGGUUUCAAAAUAUAUGAUAGUAGCAGAAAAACUUUGAUCACUGAUUGUAUUAACUGUAGCUAAUUUCACACUCUCUGCUAGAUAUAUGAUUGGUAUCGUUGCACAAUAACUUUCAUGACAUCCGUUAUUUUUAAAUAAUAAAUAUUAUGGUAUCAGAACACAUAUCGAAUGUUUGAUGGUUUUGUAUUAUUUCAGGACUCAUGACUUUACUCAGACACAACAAUUGAACUCGCUCUUGGGCUCAAGCAUUCGUAAGAUGGGGCAUGACGACUGACUUAUUACAGGAUAUACAAUGUUAUUGUUUUUGUUUGUAUUCAAAGCCUUGAUCAUUUUUCCAGUUUCGAGCAAAAGCUGACACGUGUGUUCACCUGCUUGAUCAUUCAAAAGCAUCUAGUCCCGCAAUUUGUGUGUCAUGUUGAUUCCAGUAAUAUUACCGUGGGGGGGUGGGGGGGGGAUGGCAUACCGUUUUUAUCAGUAGUGGGCUUGUUUUCAGAUAUUCCCUGUAGUCAUCUGCUAACUGCUCAUUCUUCUAAAUCCUAACCUCCACCAGAGCGGUGUUGAACAUUUUAUUUAUGAUGAUAAAAGUUCAUCAGUCCUCUCUGGAGUAUUUCCUAUGGGUAGAAGGUUAUGUCAACAGAAAGUGAAUUUGAGUUUUCUAUAUGUGUAUUUGAAUUGCUCAACAAGCAAUUGAAUACACUUUUUUUGAAACUAUAGUCUUUUUUUCUCGCCCAAAUACAGUUCCCCAGAUUCAGUUCUCUUGACAAAGCCAACUUGACAAAUGUCAUUUCAACAUUUUUGUGAACACGUACAGCUGGUUGGGCAGAGCGAUGAAGGGCAGAUUUACAGCACUCCUUUCUGACUAAUCUACACCUUUUAUUUGACAUUGUGACUACAUGGAGCCAUGUAUGAAUAUUUCAAAAACAUUUCUUUCUUUCCAUCAUGGAAGAAUGAGUUACCAUGGAUUUCAUGUUUUUUGCUAACUGUGAAUGUUUAGCUAUGAUGUGGGGUUUUAAAGUUAUUUUUGGGCUUUUUGUCUCUAUUGGAUAGUGCAGCUGAAGGGAGAAAGGGAAUUUUGGAAGCAUGCAUGCAGUAAAGGGCCGAGGUGUACAGCCUCUGUACAUGGGGCGUGUGUUAUAACUGUUAGGCCAUCAGAGCUGUUGUAAUGUUAGGCUAAAUUAGCCUACUAGCUUGUAACGAUACAAAGAGUUUAAGGAGACACUUCACCCGUUGAAACCAUAGACUGUAAAAAUAAUGGACGGGACAAGGUCCCCGGUGGAGUAAAGCUUUUAUUUUUAGAGCUCCCCCUGCUGACUGGCUGCAGUAUAGGUCAUAAACCCCACCUCCUCAAUGAUAACAGAAGGGAUGUGGGUCAAACUGUAAAGUUAAAAUACUCGUCACAUCAUUUUUUUCCAAACCUAAACUCUGCUGUGAUCAUUAGUUAUUAUCACCCUACAUUGUGUUCAAGUGCUCAUUUUUCUGUGAAGUUUGUUUUAAAUAAGUUAUUUGAGGUUGAAAAACAGGAUUUUACGUCAUAUUUGACGAUGAUUGACAGCCGCCGAUCUUGCGUAGCUCUGUUUGUGAAUAGCAAAAGUUACGUAGUGAAGGAAAGCCGAGACGCCAUUGAAUUUUUCCGUUCAGUUUUUUCGUCUUUUUUGAGCUGGCAAAAUGAGUUGUUCUGCAGUAAACUGUUCUAACCGACCUGUUGGAUCUAAGGGAUCUUUGCAGUUUUUUCGGUAAGUAAAAAAGAGUGAUUUAUGUGUCGUUGGUUAAAGUCGUUAUCUAGCUAGCUAACACAUAAGCAGUCUAAGGUUAGCUGAAAUGUUGUAAAGCUAGGUUACUUAUCCGGCAUGAUUUAUCUUUUUAUUUUAUUUUUUAAAAUGAGCAAACCUAAUAACUGACAUGCUAUGUUUCUUGAUAUUGUUAUAUCAUUAUUGUGAUUUAAAUUGUAUUUAAAACCAAGAAUCGUAAUAUAAAAUCCGCUCAUAGAUGAGGUUCAUUGACUGUACAGUUAUUUUACAGCAAAAAUAAAUACGUCUGGUAAAGUCUCAAAAAAGUAUCUAGGACAAAAACAAAGUCAAAUAAUUGUAAUCUGUCCUGCAUCAUUACUAAUGUGUACAUGUUUACAGUCUGAGUGAUAAGUGGGCUAUACCGAGAGUAACAGGUUUUACUUUCACCGUGAGGACUGAAAUUCAUAGUACUAUAUACGAGGGUAGAAUAUUUCUCUAUGUAUCCAGAUAAAACUAAAGGUAAGAUCUGAUUUAAUAUAACUGUUACUGAUUUAAGAGACUAACUGAAACGUGAACACAAACAUCAACAACCUGCGGUGGUGUAAUGUAAUAUUAACCGAGCAUCAUGCUGCUUAAACUGAUAAAUAUUCUGCAUUAGCUUCCACACACUAAUUCAACAGUCACAAGUUGAUCAUAUUGUAAAUUUAAUGACGCUCAUUGAGAAUUUGUACUAAAAAUUGACAAAACCUGACAAACAUUGCGGUGAUUGUGACGGUGUCUGUAUUUAACACCUUUGAAAGGAAGGUGUUAAUGCAGGAGACCAGUGUUACACACAACAUGCUGCUGUUAUUGUAGUUAGGAGGAGACA